AUGAAUGACAAUUAUAAUAUAGGUUAUGAUAUUGAUGAGAACGAAUUUGAUGGAUAUGAUGGAUAUAUGAAAAAGAAAGAAUCGAAAGGAUAUCAAUCACAUUCUGAUAUAUCGUGUAAAAUAGGUUAUACCGAUUCAGAAUCAGAAGGAGUAGCAUCUAUAAAAGAUGUGUCUUAUUUUACAUAUAGCAAUAAUAUGAAUAAUAAUUAUAAAAAAAAAAAAGAUAUAUUAGAAAAGCCAGUAUGGAAAAGUUUAUAUGAUAUUGAAGAAACUGUAAAAGAUUCUUUAUCUGAUUAUGAAUAUUCAAAGAAUAAUAAAUUAGAUAGUGAUAUUGAAUCUCCAAGAUUUGGUAAUACAUCUGAAGAGGAUGAUGUAAAUAAGAUGGAAGAAGAAAAUGAAACAUAUCUUAACAAUUCAAAUUAUAAUAAUUAUAUAAAAAAUAAAUAUCAAGCUAAUAGAAUAAAUAAUAAUAUGGAUAUAUCUUUAACAAAUGAAGGUUCAUAUAAAAAUUAUAUUUUAAAUAAGAAUAUAUCCAAUAAUUUAGAUUAUGACUUUAAAGAAGAAUUAAAAAAUAAUAUGUAUAAUAAUUUAAAUGUAUUUAAAAAUUUAAAAGAAGAUUAUGUAGAAGCUACAACACAUUUUCUUAAACCAAAAACCUUCAAAGAUAUGAAUGGUUUGUAUUAUGAUUUAAAUGAUGAAAUGAUUGAUAUAGAUUUGAUAAAAAAAGAACAUCAAAAAUUAAAGGAAACCAAUGAAUUAAAGAAUAUUAGCAAUAUAAAUUUUAAUCAUAUAUAUGAUAAUAAUAAUAAUAUUAAUAAUAAUUUUGUAAAUGUAAAUACAAAAAAUACUAAAAAGAAUAAAAAAUAUAAAAAGGAAGUAUCAUUUGCUAAUGACAAUGAGAAUGAUACUUACACAAAAUUUCAAUAUGAAAAUAAUUCUUUAAAGAAUAAAAAGGAUACAAUAUUGAAAAAAAUAAUAAAUUAUGAAGUGGAGGAUUUAAAUAAAGAUCAAGAGGAUCAAAUGUAUGAAGGAGAAGAUGAAUAUAGUGACGAGUUAGAAGAUGACAUAUAUGAAGAUAGUGAUAACAAAAUAUAUUAUAAAGAUGAAAAAUUCAAUGAUAUGGUUAAUAAGAAAAUUGCCAAGGAUACAAAUUUUGAGUGGUGGAAUUCAAAAACAGAUAGUCAAAUAUCAAAAGAUAUAAAUGAAGAAUAUAAUGAUUCGAAUGACAAAAUAAAAAGUAAUGAUUCGAAUGACAAAAUAAAAAGUAAUGAUUUGAAUGACAAAAUAAAAAGUAAUGAUUCGAAUGACAAAAUAAAAAGUAAUGAUUUGAAUUUUAAAAACAAUCAAAAAAAUGUUAAUAAUAAUAAUAAUAAUAAUAAAAUAUUAAAUAGAUAUGAUUUACCUAAGGAUAUAUCUUAUUAUGUAGAAGAAUAUCAAAAAAGAAAAGAACAGGCAAAAAAUUAUCAUAACGAAAUGGAUAACCCAAAUAAUAAACAAGACAAAAAUAUAAAUGAUGAUAAGGAGAAGUAUCCAAGUGACAAUAUAAAUAAUAAUAUUAGAAGUAAUACAACAACCGUUUAUGCAAACAGUUCUUUAUCAAAUGAAAAAAGUAAUAAUUUGUUGAAUAGUAAUAUCAGUGAAAAUGUAAGUACUAUUAUUAAUAAGGAAAAUAAUUUAUUCAAUACAAAUAUUAAUAAGUCUAAUGAGAAUAUGUCAAUACAAAAUUAUAACGAUAAUAAUAAAUUUGUUCAUAAUAAUAAUAUAUAUAUAGAUGAAAAAAAUAUAACCCCAAAUUCUAAUGUAACAAAAAAUAAAGAUGAAAAUGAUCCUUCUAAUAUAGAUUCUUUAAAGAAUAAUAAUUUUAUAAAAGAUACAUAUUCAGAUAAUGAUGUAAUAAAUACAGAAAGUAUAGGAAUAUAUAACAAAACGAAUGAAAUAAAUAAAAAUAUAAAUGAACCGUGUGUCAAUAACAACACAAGUAAUAUAUAUGAAUAUAUUUUAAAAAAUAAUGAUAUGAGCAAUUUAGGAAAUGAAAAUGGUAAUGAUAUGUUAAAUAAAAAUAUAGACAAGUUUAAUUUUGAAGAUGACUCCAAAAAAAAUAUAUAUGAUGUUUAUGAUAUGAUAAAUGAUUAUUAUGAAAAAAAUAAAAAUGAAGAAACCAUAAAUAAAAUACAAGAAAAAUGUGUUGAUAAAGUUAUGUAUGAUUUUAUUAAUAAUAAUAUUGUUAAAGAAACAACUGAUGGAGAUAUAGAUAAAAAACCUUUAUAUUUAGAUAAUGAAAAAAUUAGCAAUACAUGUGAGAAUAGGGAUAAUUAUUUGGAAAUGUCAAAGAAAGAGAAAAUAAAUAUAUUUCUUAAAUAUUUAAAAAUGAUUGAUGUGAAUUCCUUGAGUCAUCUUUUUCAAUAUUUUGUUGACAGAGAAAAAGACGAAGAAAUGAAAAAGAAAUUACAAUUACUUUUAAUAGGAGAAGAUCAAAAGAAGCAAAUGGAAUUUAUGUCAACUUACAAAAGCAAUCAGAAUACCCAAACAUUAAAUAAAGAAUUAAAACAUGAAGGUGUUCAAACUAAUAAUGAGAAAAAUCAAAUAGAAAAUACAAUACAAACUGAUAUAAAAGAUAUCACAAAGACAUUGUAUAUAAAAAAUGAUAUGAUAAAUAAAAAAACUAGUAUAGAUUCGGUAUUUUUUAAAAGUUUAAGCAAAGAUUCAUAUGAUAUAUAUAAUAAAAAUAAUAAAGAAGAUAUAAAAAAGAAUGAAACUACUCAUAGGAAUCAAGAAAAUGAUGAAAAGAAUGAAGAUAUUACUGUUAAUGAAUCUAAUACAGAGACAUAUAAUGAAGUGCAAAAGAUAAAUGAUUUAAAAAUAAAAAUUUUAGAGAAAAUCAAAGGUUGCUAUGAUAAUUAUAAUAGUAUUAAUAAUAAUAAAGAUGAUACAGAAACAGCUAUAUUAAUGUUACAAGAUAGAAAUGAAUAUAGUAAAGAAAAAUAUAUAGACAUUUAUAAUUUAAUAGAUGAAAAUGAGAACAUUUUAUCUAAAAUAAAUGAUGAAAAGAAUAUGAAAAGUAAUGAAUAUAAAAAAAAAAAUAGAAGUAUGGUUACUGUAGAAACAUUUGAAUCAUUAAAAUCAUUUGAAAAAGAAAUGAAUUUAUUAAAAUCACAUAAUGAAAGAUUAAGAAGGAGAAUUGAAAAAUUAUAUGAAUCACGUGAUAGAAUAAAAAAUGAAUAUAUAAAAAUGGAAAAAUUAAAAGAAAGUCAAGAUCAAUUAUUUAUAGCUACAGAAAAGCAUAUUGAAAAGUUACAUAAUGAAUUAGAUAAUUUAUCAAAAAAAAAUGAGGAUAUGAAAUAUGAUUUGAAGAAGAAAAAUAUAAAAAUUGUUGCUUUGGAAUCACAACUUGAUAAUAAUUUAAAUAUGAAUAGUAAUAAUAACAUGGACAAAGAUAAUAAUAAUAAUAAUAUUAAUAAUAUUAAUAACAGUAUUAUUAAUAUGGAUGAAAUUACAAAAGAUGAAGAAAUUUAUAAUGAAUUUAAUAAUAAGUUAGAACAUAUAAAAGGGAAAAUAACAAAUAAAACACAAGUAACUAUACAACUACAAUCAUUACAAGAUCAAGUAUAUAUAUUAAAAGAAGAAAUUAAAAAAAUGGAUUCCUUAAAACUAGAAAAUAACCAAUUAAAAAAAAAAUUAUCAGAUAUGAAAAAUUAUAAUUUUAAUACAUCUGAUAAAAAAGAAAAAAUAAAUAUUUAUACAUAUAGAAAUAAUUCAGAAAAUAUUAUUGAGAAUUCCAAUGAACAUAAAUUUAUAGUAUCUAAUGAAAAUACAAAUGCAAGUACAAAUGAAUUAAAAUUUGUUACAACUAAUACAAAUAACACUACAUCAAAUAGUUUUGUUACUAUUGAUGAUAAUAUAAACAGUUCAGAAAAUUUUACUUCAAAUAGUAAUUUGUAUGAAAAUAAGAUUAAUAAAGAUAAGUAUCAUAUGAACAAUUCAGAAUAUUCCAACCUUUCUUUAUUAAAAAAUGAAAAUAAUCAAUUAUAUGAAGAAAUAUUUGAUUUAAAGGAACAAAUUAUGAUUAUGAAAAAAGAAAAGAUACUGUUGUCUAGUCGUUUAAAUGAUUAUGAUAUGGAUAAUAUUAAAGAGGAUAUUAAAAUAUUACAAAGUGAAUCUGAGAAAUUAUAUUUAGAAAAGAUAAAUAUAUUAACGAAAAAUUUAGAUGAAAAGAAAAAUAAAAUUAAUUUAUUAAAUGAUUUACUAAAAACAUCAAAUAAUCAAACGGUUCAAUUAAAUAAAAAAAUUGUACAUAUAAUAAAUGAAAACAAAGAAUUACAAAAUAAAUAUGAACAAUGUCUCAACUAUUUAGAAAAAUUAAAAAUGAAAUAUGAUCAACAGACUCAAAAAUUAAAUCACAUAACAAAUAUAAGUUAUAAUAUGGUUCCCAAUGAUUAUUAUUCUAUGGAUGAUUAUAAAUCCUUGAUAUCAAAUGAGCAAAGUUCAGAGAAUUUAUAUCUUAAUAGUAGUGAAGAUAAUAAAAUCAAUGACUUAAUACAUAUGGAACAUACUGUCAAGAUGAAGAAUGAACAAAAUAAAGAGAAAGAAACUAAAGAUAAUAACGAUAUAAACAAUGAUAAGGAUAAGGAUAAGGAUGUAUAUAUGAAAGAUGAAAAUUAUUAUGAUAAUAAAUAUUAUAAAAGAUAUAAAGAGUCCACAACAACAUGUGGAAAAUUGUCUGAAAUAUAUAGUUAUGAAAAUGUGAAAUAUGAUGUUUAUGAUAGAAGAGAAAAUAAUAAACUUGAUGAUUUGAAUAUAUAUAAGGAAAAGGUUAAUAAUAUACCAUUAAAUAUUGAAAAUUCAAAUAAAACAGAUGAGAUAAUAAAAAGAUUGGAAGCAUCGCCUAAUAAUGAUAAUAAAAAUAAUGACAAUAAUAAUAAUAAUAAUAAUGAGAAUAAUGAGGGUGAUUCUUUGUCGAACAGAGAACAAAAUAUUCAUAAUAACAUAUUAAAUAAUGAGCAAAAAUAUAUUAAUAUAAAUAAUAUUUUUGAAAUAGAUAAUAUAACAAAAGAUUUAGAAAAUAUGAAUAACAUAAUAACAAGUAACAAUAUUAAGAGUUCCAAAUUGAAUGAAUUGAAUGAUCAUAAUAUGAUGAAAAGUAAUAUGGAUGAUAAAAAUAAUACAUUUAUACAAAAAAAUCUUAUAUCAAAUAAUAAUAUUAAUCAUAAUAUAAUGAAUACCAAUAAUAAUUUAAAAUAUAACAGUUUUAAUACUAAUCUCGUUAAUGAAAGUUAUAAAAAUUUAGAUAAUAUUAGUAAUACGUCCACUGAAAAUUUUUUAAGAAAUAUUGAAAAGAGAUAUGUAUCCAAUAAAAUUAAUGAGCUGAACAAUGAUAUAUCUCAAUAUAUAGAUAAGAAGAAAGAAAAAAUACAUAAUUUGUAUAAGAAUAAUUUAGAAUAUAAUAAUGUCCUUGAAAAAAAUACAAGCAUAAUGAAUAAUAAUAUAACUAAAACUAAUGAAUAUACAUACAAAAAUAUAAAUAAUGACAAGGAUAAUAAUCAUACUUUUAAUAAGGAAGAAAACAAUUUAAAAAGUAUAUUUCAAUAUAAUAAUAAUAAUAGUAAUAUUAGUCAUAAGGAUGAAAUAUCUAAAUCAACACAAAACAGUUUCACAAAUGAAGACAAUAUAGAAUAUUAUAAUAAAGAUGGAAAUAGUAUGAAAUUAAAAAAUGAAGAUAUUAUGCAAGAGAUAUUUUCUCAUGAUAAUAUUAAAACGUAUGCGAUGAAUAAAAGUUCUUCAUCUAAUUCUUGUGAUAAUAUUAUAAAAAUAAAUUAUGAUGAAAUAAAUGAUAGUACCCAAAUGAAUGUAUUAAAAGAAUCUAAAAGCAAUAAUAAAAAGGCUGAGGCUUGGAUAAUUGAUAUUAAGAAUAAUGAUACAUAUCCUUACAUAAAAAUAGAUAAAAAGGAAAACAAUAAAAAUGAUAAUAAAAAUAUAAUGAAGGGAAGUAAUAAUAAAAUUAUGAAAAAGAAUAGUAAGAAUUCUAAUAAAAUGAAGAAUAUUCCAUUGUCUGUUAAUAAUAAGGCAUAUAAUAAAUCAUCCAUAAAUAACAAAUAUAAAAAUAAUAUUAAUAAUAAUAAUAAUAAUAAAUUAAACAUCUUAGUAAAUAGUAUAUCAAAAUUAGUACAGAGUAAAAUAAAAGAAGAGUUAAAUAAUAAGAAUAUAUCAAAAGAUAUACUAAAUUUUGAAAUAACUAAAAUAAAAAAGAAAAGCAAAAAAGAAACAAAAAAUAUGAAUCACACAAAUAAUAAUAAUAGUAUUAAUAUUAAUAGUUUUGAAUCAAUAAAUGAUAAAAUUAAUUCAUAUAAUGUUUUAAAUAAUAAAAUACCAUAUGAUAAUAUAAAUAUGGAUGAUGGAAAUUAUAUAAAUAAUGGUCCUAUAUAUGCUCCAGAUGGAUCUACUAUAUAUACUUGGGUUAAUAAUAUAGAUACAAAUUAUAUGUAUAAUAAAUAUUUUGAUAAUAAGAACAAUAAUAUAAAUCAACUGCCCUUAUUAAAUAAUGUACCAUUUAUAAAUAAUGAUUUGUUACUUAAUAAUGUUAUAUUAAAUCAAAAUAAUAUGAAUAAUGUAGAAAAUCUGAAUACAAAUACUAUAGGUUCCUUACAGCCAUUUGUUACUAAUCCUGAUUUUUAUAUGAAUAAUAUAAAAAGUAUAUAUUUCGAUCCCAAUGUGCAAAAUAAUAAUUAUUUUGAGAACGUGCAAUUAUUAAAUCCCAAUAAUUUAAAUAACAAUAUGAACAAUAUUAAUUAUAUUGAUCAAAAUUGUUUAACAUAUAACAACAUAAAUGGUAUAAGUAGUAUAAAUGGAAAUAUAAAUAAUUAUAACAAUAAAGAUAUAGUAAUUGGUAUACCUAAUAAUACUAACAAAAAUCAAAUAGAUACAAUCAAAGAUGAUACUAUUUUGAAGAAUGAUCCAAAAUUAAUACUAAAUAAUAACAAUGCUGUAAAUCAUAGUGUGAAUGUAGAAAUGUUGAAUAAUAUACAAAAUGUAAAUCAAAAAUUAUAUAAUGAUAUACAAGAAAAUGUAUAUAUGACUAAUCCAUUACAUAAUAAUAAUAUAUUGGGAGGAGAUGUUUUAAAUAAUUCAUACUUAUUUAAUAUUAAUUCUUUUAAUCCUAACACGAACGCAUAUAUUUAUAAUAAUAAUAAUAAUAAUGAUUAUUAUAAUAAUUGUAUAAACUAUAAUAUGUUAGACAAAAAGGAUAUCACUCCAAAAAAUGAAGAGAUUAACAUGAACAGUGUUUUCGAACAUCCAAAUAAAGAAAAUGGAUGUAAUAAUAUGAAGAAUAAUAAAAACUAUAUUAUAAAUAAGGAAGAUAAUGUUAAAAAUAAUGAUAACAAUAUUGAUAAAAUAAAUGAUGAACAAAAUAUAAAUAAUACCAGCGUAAAUGUAAUGAAAGAAAAAAGAAAUAAUAACUUAAGAGAUGACGAUAUAUUUAAGAAAAAUAUGAAAAGAUCAAAUUCUUUGGAUAUUAAAAAAUUAAAUUCUGAAAAAAAAAAUAAAUCAAUGAAUAUAGAAGAAGGUUCAAGAAAAACUAAAACAAAUACAACACAAUUAUUUAAUUAUUCAGAAAAUAGGAAAAAGGGAUUAAGAGAUAUGUCCACAUAUGCUGAUAAGGUUUUAGAAGAUAUGAAAUCACUUAUACCUUUAAAUUGUAAUGGUGCCAUAAAAAAAUCAUCAACACAUACACAGAAAAAGAAUGUCAGUACUAGUGAUAAUAGUUCAAUAAUGUAUAAUCAAAAUAAUACAAAUAUAUCAAACAUAUCAAAUAUACCAAACAUAUCAAAUAUAUCAAACAUAUCAAAUAUAUCAAAUAUAUCAAAUAAUAAUUUUAAGGAUAAUAAAAAUGAAGAUAGUACUAAUUUAUCAUUAAAAAAUUUGGUGUCGAAAGAUAUAAGUACUAAUAAUAAUGAUAUAAUUAUAAAUACAAGUGCUGAAACAUUGCCAGAUAGUUGUAAUAAUGAAAAUAAUACAACAAAUGAGACGACAUAUAAAUGUUUUAAUAGUUUAGAUAUGAAUAAUAAAAAUAAUAUUAGUAUAACAAAUAAUUUAGGAAAUAAUAUUAAAUUAAUGAGAUCUAAAUCUGUUACUACAAAUAACCAUAAUUCAUUAUUAAUGAAGAGUGAUUUUUCAAAUUCUAAUAAUUCUUAUAAUAAUAAUUAUACAGAACAUAAUGGACAGAUAAAUAAUCCUCUCAAUCACUUAAAUCUUAAUGAUUUUAAAAAUAUUCAUUAUCAUGAUUUCAAUUUACAAAAUAGUACGAAUAAUAAACAAUUUAGAAAAUAUUCAACAAAUGGAUAUAAUAAUAUAUAUAAUGAGUUGAAUAAGAAUAUUGCGACCGAUGCCUUUUCAUUUAAUAAAAGAGACCAAGGAAAUUAUUUCAAAUCAGAAACUCGUAAGUCUUUAAGUAGUUUUAGAGAGGCUUUAAAGAAAGAAGGAAUAUUAGGUUAA